AUGAAGAUUCUUUGGAAACUGAGGUUGGCCCCGGCUGGUCCGAAAAAGGCGAUUGGAGUGUGUCAACUCGGACGAGUUCGAACAGAGACAGGGGUCAGCUGCAAGUUACGAUCCUGGCUCUGCGAAAAGUGCCUCUGCACUCCCAUCGACUUUAACGGAGAUAGGGACAACGUCGUAGUGCUAUCAGGGAAUCCUUUAAGCCAUGACCGUGAGCUAAAGUGGCGGGGCGAGAACGGGGCGGGGCGUCGACAGUUGGACCUUGAGAAAAAGUCCCUCAUAGAACGCGUCGGGGCAGAGCAAGCCGAUCGAGUGUGGAAGAAGCUGCCGAGACAGCGGAAUGCCGGGAGGCCGAGCCUCAAUAGUAGCACCGUCUCGUCCGCUGGAGGCAAUAGAGGCAACGAUGUCCGGGAUGAGGAGAUUGCGAACCUCAAGAAGCAGAACAAGAAGUUGGCAAGCGAUCUGGAGAAUGCUCGGACUCACAUCUUCAGCCUCCAGUCUUGCCGAAAGAAGUUCACCCCAGAGGACGCCGGCCGUGACUACGACAUUCCGGUGGGCAGUGUUAGCGACUGGGUGCAGAAGCACGUCGCGCCAGUCGCGGACGACGAUGACAAGCGCAAAAACUUCGAUGGCAUUGCAAGGAGGAAGCCUAGUGACAUCUCCCUUCUCAGAGGGUAUUUGCUCAGACACGGCGACCUAGUCCAUGGCAUUAUGUUCCCAGACACAGAUGUUGAUGUUGUCAUCGCCAUAGUUAUGAGAUUCCUGCAGGAUAAUAUCUUUGAGAGGGGCUGCAUCAACGAGCCCGCCGGGCAAGUUAUCAGCGCCAUUGAAGUCGCGAUGCAGAACUGUGUCGAGCCCAAGCGAGACCAGUUUGCAAUCCGAACUUGGCGGGCUGAGGCUUUCACCGCGGUCCUGAGCACCCCGGACUACGCAACCAUGAGAAAGCAACGGCUGGAGGAGUUGACGACAGUUCUUUGUAACGGAAUGAAGCUCUUCUGCCAAGUCGUUGGCCGGAAUCUCGACACCGUUUACUCGAGCUGUAUGGAGGUUGUCGUCAAGCCAGCCCUGGAAUUGAACGAGAAAUUCCUCACAUCGACUCAUCAUUUCUACCUGAACCUGCGCACUUACAUCAACCGGGACCACAAUGGCAACCUGAAAAUGAGCAACGAUUUUGCCAAGGACCUCGACAAGAUCAAGUGCGAGAACGUGCUGAAAAACAGGAGAAUCAUUCACGUGGAGAAGCUGGAUGAGCAAUUGGUAAAGGACUGCAUCGAAGGAAGUUUCAUCAACAUCCUAACCGUUGCGCCGGGACUACACAUGCGCCAGGUUGGGAGGAGGGACACCAUCGAGCCACCUGCAGUCAUUCGGAAACAGCACGUGCUCGUCGCGUACGAUGGACAGAAGGGGAGGGAUCAUUACUUGUCCGGCUGGCAACAACACUCCCUCAUGGGCUGGGUGUAUUCCCGGCCUAGGACGUUCGCCCAGUUUGGGGUGGCCCGUGCAUGCUGA